GAGGGCUACAGCCUGGAGAUUCUGGACACAUUUGCAUCUGAAUGGAUCACGAGCAAGUCCUGGGAGAAGCUGCCCAAAAACUUCUUUGCCCAGCGGGUGCAGGCAGAAGGUGCCCACCUGAAGGCUUUUGCAGCAGAGGUCUUGUUGGUCAUUCCCAUCCUAUAUAUGUUUGGCAUGACGGUUCUGCAGCCGGCCGGUGUUCUGCCAGAGCACGCCCGCUGCAUGGGGCUUAUGGCCCGCAUCCUUGCAAUCCUGCAGGCGGGAGACGACGCCGUGAGGCAUGUCCAUGAACUGACGGCGCUCAUCGGGGAGCACGCGCGUGCGUUUGCUUUGCUCUACGAGGAUUUGGCCAAACCCAAAUUCCACUGGAUGUUUCACAUUCCCCGUGGUUUGCGGCGCUUUGGCAACUACAGCUGCUUUGGGCCAGAACGGAAGCACCGAAUCGUGAAAACCAUUGCAGCCCAGGUCAUGGGCACUCACCUCGACCAGAACCUCUGCCUGCGUGCCUGCGCAGAAAUGCUGCGUUGCAUGCAGGAUGCAAGCUUGACUGCAACAUCCUUGCUCCCUCCUGUCACGGACAUACCUUGGGCUGUGGAUAUCUUGUCUGACAUGGCGGGCGACACGCAUGUCCAGAAGGUGGAACGGUCCCAGACAAUGAGGACAAAGCGUGCUUUGCUGGCAUCUGAUGACGUCGUCUUCUGCGAGGUCAAUGUGCUUUACAGAUGCCUCCCCAACGGCGACAUUGAAAUUAUCCGUCCGCUGGUCUGA